ACAUUUCUCCCAUAAUGCAUCACUUCGAGCUAGCCAACAACCUUUGGAGACUUCCUCCUGGAACCCAUAGAUAUAUGUAUGUCAAUGGAUAUACCUGGAACCAAACUGUCUGACAAUAACGUUAAAUUUGCCAACCGCCAAUAAAAAUCCGAAGAAGAAGAAGAAGAAGAAGAAGAAGAAGAAGAAGAAGAAAAUAACGUUAAUUAGACAUUUAACGGUGAACUUGUUUAUUCAUUCAGUUUGCUGAAUUUUAACUGUUGCUCGUUAGUUUGCUAAUGCUAAUUACCUGUCAACCCAGCCAGCUAGGUUAACAGCAUACAGUUAGGACAGCUAACUAUUGUAAAGUAAUAAACGUGAAUAUUUAAAGUUAAAUAAUGUCUGGACCAAAUGGAGAUCCAGACAUCCCAAUUGACGAUGCUAUUAUCAACGACGAAGAUGAAUUCGAGGACGAAGAGUAUGAAGCCAUCAACUCCAUGCUAGAUCAGAUCAACUCCUAUCUCGAUGACCUGGAAGAUCGGAAUGAUUCACUUAAUGGCAAACUGCACGAGCUUCUGGAGUCAAACCGGCAAGCCCGGCUGGAGUUCAGGGCCCAACUGCUGGGUUCCCAGAGCCAGGAGGAGCAUUGUCCUGCAGACGGGGACUCCUCCUCAACCAGCAAGGAAUACUUGAACAAGGACAUUGAAAAUGAGUGAUGACGAGUGGGGUGGGAUGGGAUGGGGUGGGGGGGGUUGAGUUCAGCAAAAUACAGGGAUGUAAAUAUUUAUGAAAGUUGACUCAACUCCUUAUCUGUCUGUUGAACUAAUGACCCUUGAUCUGCGUCGCCCAUCAAUUUUCUUCUUGUGAAUUUACACCCCCAUCAGCAGAUGGGAUAUUUUGUUUCUCCUCUAUCAGUGAACUCAAUCUAGUUUUCCCUCUUUUGUGAUGUGCUGAUGUUUGUUUCCUGAGCAGAUUGGAGUUUAUUGAUCUCUAGCAGCUUCUUAAACAAGUUUCACACCAUAGUCACUUGGGACUAUUGCAGUAAAAUCUAAGUCGUUGAUGUGUUGACAUUUAAAAAGCAAUGUCCCCCCUUUUUUUUUGUUAAGGUAAAAAAGCAGAUACACAUGACAAUGUGAUGUGAUAACAUGCUGAUAUCUAUGGUGACCCAUUCUGUCAAACACAUUACUGCAGACUCUCCCAUGAUCUUCAGUAUGUCCUCAUUGCCCAUAGGGGCAUAGUCAAACUUCUGUGUAGUGUGUUGAAAUUGAGAUUUUUAAUAGCUUUUGUGUCUGUUCCUGUUUGUUUUAUCCCAAAAAGUAAAUGUGCAACACUACAGAUGUGUAUUAAUGUUUGAUCUGCAUCAUGACUGUAUAACUGUCAAUCUGCUGUCCUGUUCAUUAGCAUUAAUCUGUUUAGGAUAAGUGAGCUUAUAAGUGUUUGUGUAUAUUAAGAGUUAGCCAAAAAAAGUAAAAAUGAAGUCAACAAAGUCUGGGAAUUGUCAGACAUUUUAAUAUAAAUUAAAAUGACUGAAAACAAAAAUCCAAAAAUACAUAAAACUUCCAGCAGUUAGAAAACAUCAUCUGUUUGUUCACCUUCAUUUAGUAGCUAAAUAAAAAUAAAAACAUA